AUGGCGACAACCCCUAGGAUUUACCGUCAUCAUGACUACACAAUCGCGUGGAUCUCUGCACUACCCUUGGAGAUGGCGGCUGCAGCCGCAAUGCUUGACGAGAGGCAUCCGGACUUACCAACUGAUCUAGGUGACAUUAAUAGCUAUAUCUUCGGCGGUAUACACGGGCAUAAUAUUGUCAUCGUAUGUCUUCCUGCCGGAGUAUAUGGCACAACAUCAGCUGCAGUGAUCGCCAGUCAGGUUCAAUUUACCUUCAAAUCGAUACGGUUCGGCUUGAUGGUCGGCAUCGGAGGUGCGGUUCCAUCACAAGGCGACAUCCGGCUUGGCGAUGUGGUGGUCAGCAAGCCAACGAGAGACUAUGGCGGCAUUGUGCAGUAUGACUACGGAAAGACUCUGAGCAACAAUCGCUUCGAGAGAACUGGCAUGCUUAACAAACCACCGUCGGUACUCUUGACUGCGAUCGCCAAAUUGCAGGCGGAGCACAUGGUGAGGUCGAGCAAUAUCCCCGCCAUAUUGUCUGAUAUGGUAUGCAGGUACCCAAAAAUGAAAGACAGAUUUACCUACCGUGGUGCGGAGCAGGAUGUGCUGUUCGAGGCAGAUUAUGAUCAUGAAGACGUCGAGAGUACCUGCGCGAACUGUAACCCCAGCAGAAGGAAAAGUCGGCCCGAUCGAGGCUACGAUGUCCCCGUGGUUCAUUACGGCCUUAUUGCCUCCGCAAACCAGGUAAUGAAGAGUGGUCGUAUAAGAGAUCAACUAGCGAAUAAUUCUGGGAUUCUCUGCUUCGAGAUGGAAGCAGCCGGCCUGAUGGAUAACUUCCCUUGCUUGGUGAUCCGAGGGAUCUGUGACUAUGCAGACUCUCAUAAAAAUAAGCAGUGGCAAGAGUACGCGGCUGCCACGGCGGCAGCAUAUACCAAGGAGCUUCUGUCCAUGAUUCAUACCAAGCAAGUCGUCGACAUGCCGUCACCUGGUGUGGCUUUGGAGCUGGCGCAAUAUGGCGAAAUAAGCAAAAGUCUACACAUAGACAUCGGACAGCUACUCGAGCGGAUCUCGAACUAUGACCAUGACAAGGUUCACCGAAGACUUGCCUACAAGCGUCUUCCUGGAACAACUCAGUGGUUCCUGAACCAUGCAACAUUCAAAUCAUGGCUUACGGGGUUGGAUCAAUCCAGCCUCUGGUGUUCGGGGAAAAUUGGUUCAGAUCUUUCCCCCAGAUGUCGCUCGUGA